AUGUCUCUGGAGAAAUCCCACCCAGUCCACCUCGAACCCAGCGAGCUGGGCACCAAGGAGUACUGGGACGAAUACUACCAGAAUGAUCUAGAAAACGGUGCUGUCCACUCCGAUGACGAGGAUGACGCGGAAAUCGAAGACGGCAGCGAUGAGAAAACCGGGAGUGAGCAACAGCCUCCCGAUCCCUCAGAACUGGAAUCGUGGUUCGACGACGUGGGCGCCCCAGCAAAGACACUGGCUUUCCUGACCUCGACCACGUUUCCUCUCUCACCAAACUACGUCGGCCUGUCGGGAAAUACGAGGAAGGCGCCUUCAGUGCUAGACUUGGGCACCGGCAACGGCAGCGCCUUGUUCGCCCUGCGUCUCCACGGCCACUACACCGGCCGCAUGGUCGGCGUGGACUACUCGAGCAAGAGCGUCGAACUGGCGCGGAGGCUGCGCGUGCGGUAUGCUUCGGCGGCCUCUUCCGCCACAGACUCGGGCUCGAGCGUGGAGAACAUGGCGUUCGAGGUCUUCGACAUCAUCCACGACUCUCCCCAUGCGCAGCCGUGGUGGGACUCCUCUCUUGACCCGGGCGGUUUCGACCUCGUCCUUGACAAGGGCACGUUCGACGCCAUUUCUCUCUCCUCGGCCACCGUCGCCGACCCGGCGUCCUCAAACCGCCACCAAAGACGCAUGUGCGAACUCUACCCUGCCAAGGUCCUGCAGAUGGUCAAAGCCGGCGGCUACCUGCUGGUCACGAGCUGCAAUUGGACCGAGGCCGAAGUCGUCGCUUGGUUCACCACGUGUCCACCAGGUGGCCGUGAGAACGAGGUAUUUGAGGUGUACGAUGCGAUCAAGUACCCCGUGUUCGAGUUUGGAGGGCAGAAGGGACAAGGCGUCGCCAGUGUUUGUUUCCGGAAACCGCAGAGAACCGAGACAGAUCAGGGAUGA